GCCAGUGGAGUUCAUGUAGCAUUGAAUAGAUGGCCGGAGCCAAGGAAGAUGGAAAUUAUCCGAGAAAAAAAUGUCGGCGUUCUAGGGGGGGUGGGAAAGAAGGAUUCUGAAAAAGCAAGGGCGAGAGCUAGAUGCAAGGCCCCAGCCAGUUACCCCUUCCAGUUGAAUCGCGAGUGGCACAGGGGAGGGAUAGGCAGCUGUCGCUUGCUUGCUUGCUUGUGGGCAAGAUUUUAGAACUAAAAUUAGAAACUAAUAUUUAUAAAUGAAUUAACGAAUAGUAAUAAUAUUUUAAUACAAUGUCAAUGCAUAUUGGAUGAAAUACGCGUUUAUAUACACUUUAAUCCAGCAGCAUUUUAUGUCACUUUACUGUAUUUUCGCGCAGCUACCUGUGAAAGUGGUAGCUAAUCCGUCUCAGACACCGCUGUAAAUAUGGCGCUUCUGCUAACUUCACUAUUGCAAACUAACGUUUAAAACAAGGACUCUUCAGUUGGUGUUGUGGCCAUGAAGAGAGUUGAUGCAUAUUACAUUUAGUACACAUUUGAGGCUGUUAUCGCGUAAUUUAGUGGGCAAAAGAAAAUUCGCAAUUUAUUAGCUAGUAAGCUAACUAGCUAGAUAGUUGCAUUCGUAAAUAAACUAACGUUAGCUAUUUUGUUUAGCGACCUUGUCUGAACAAGUAAACAUCGCAAUAAAUGUAGUUAAGUUUUCUGAAACUGAAUUUUUACUACACUGAAUUGUCUCACUCGACAGCUUUCCUUCAUAUGAUUGAAAGCUAAUCCAAUAAUUGCUUGCUAUUGCUAACCAUCAAGAAGCUAGUUGGCUUUGUUGCUGCGAGAAUGGCAGCGAUAAAAGCAAAUCGGUUUAACAUGGUGGGUGUGUGCCAUCAGUUAAGACCAUAAACAUUAACCUGGUUUAAUUAUAAGACAUGUAUGAUGCUCAUCGAUUCGCAACAUUGUUGUGUGCAAGGAUGUAUCCUUGCACACGAACAUAAGUCAAAGACUUAAACAAAGCAGUACAUUUCGAAUGCCAGCGUAUAAACUUCAUACAUUUUGUUCCCCUUAUAGACUUUGUUUCCUAAGCCUUUUAUAUGUAAAUUCAUGUUUCAUUCUCGUUGGACGAAGACCUUACAGUCAAAUAGGUCCGCCAACAUGAUGGCUGCCCAGUCGGAUUCCAUAGACAAGUACCUGGAGGGAGAGCAGCAGAUGCAGGGGGUGGAGCAGGCGGACGGUGAGGAGGGUUUGGAUGCAGCCUCCAGUCCAACCCCCACUGAGCCCCAGACCCCCAUGGAUGUAGAUAAGGCUUCCAUAUACCGGCAUCCCUUGUUUCCUCUCCUGGCCCUGCUCUUUGAGAAAUGUGAGCAGUCUACGCAGGGCUCAGACUGUGUCACGUCAGCCAGCUUCGACGUGGACAUUGAGAACUUUGUCCGCAGCCAGGAGAAAGAGGGCAAAGCCUUCUUCAGUGAGGACCCUGAUCUCGACAAUCUGAUGGUGAAGGCCAUCCAGGUGCUGCGGAUCCACCUGCUGGAGCUGGAGAAGGUCAGCGACCUGUGUAAGGACUUCUGCAGCCGCUACAUCUCCUGUCUCAAGACCAAGAUGAACAGCGAGACGCUGCUGAGUGGAGAACCUGGCAGCCCCUACACAUCUGGACAGGGUUUCUCCCCCACCAAGAUCCAGACGUCCAGCUCUUUCACAGGAACCCUCAGUCCCCAGGGGAUUGUGGUGCCAGCAUCGGCCCUGCAGCAAGGCAACGUAACCGUGACAACAGUCAACCCCACACAGGUUAUAGCAGGUAUGUCACCCUGGCAUACAACAACCACAGGUGGCACAGUCUACCAACCAGUUACAGUAGUCAACUCACAGGGCCAGGUGGUGUCACAGACCCUCUCGCCCCAGACCAUACGUAUCCAGAACACACAGCUCCAGCUGCAGCUCAACCAGGACCUGAGUUUCUUCAACCACGACGACAGCUCACCCAAGAACAAGCGUGGCGUUCUUCCCAAACAAGCCACCAACGUCAUGCGCUCCUGGCUCUUCCAGCACAUCGGGCACCCCUACCCCACAGAGGAUGAGAAGAAGCAGAUCGCUACCCAAACUAACCUAAGCCUCCUCCAAGUCAACAACUGGUUCAUAAACGCGCGGAGGCGAAUCCUGCAGCCCAUGCUGGACGCCAGCUCUUCGGAGACACCCAAAAACAAGAAGAAACCUCCUCCGAACAGGCCGCUACAGCGCUUCUGGCCUGACUCCAUCGCCACGGGGAUGACCCAACAACAGGUCCAGAUGCCAGAUGGAACCACGGUGAUGAUGAGUGUGGAGGGUCUCCGGAGCCUGACUUCAGACGGUGCCACGCUGGCCGUGCAGCAGGUGAUGAUGGGCGGGCACAGCGAGGACGAAUCAGGAGACAGCGGGGACGAGGACGAUGAUGACGACAUGGCUGGGCUGGGCCUGGACAACAGCGACUCCCUGCAGUAGGACACAGACGUACUGUACACACACACACACACGAAGACAUACACACUUAAAAACAAACUUUGUGUGCUUUGUUUUAAUAUGUAUGUAUAUAUAUGUGUGUGUGUAUAUAUAUAUAUAUGUGUGUGUGUGUGGUGGUUAAGACCUUCAACUGACACAUUAUGUAGGUAGGCUAACAAUGAAUAAGGCGGGCUAACAAUGAAUAAGGCGGGCUGAUAAUGAAUAAGGCGGGCUAACAAUGAAUAAGGCGGGCUAACAAUGAAUAA